AUGCUCACAGUAUUUGCAGUAAAUACGCGUCUUAUGAGUAGGGUCCAAGUAGAUAAACCAUGCGUUUUGAAUCGCCCUGGAACGACGUUUCGGGGGAGGGGAGGUGGUCUGGGGCUUGCCAGAUACUCGGCCAAAAUAUUUAGCUCGGAUAAUGGUUUCUUUAUGUCGUCGUUCAUCGUAAGGGGAAAAGGUAUUGAAGAAUGCAAGUUCGGCUUGACGUUGCUCGAGGAGGGUGGCAACUUGACGGCGGAGAGUAGCAGUCAUUGGGGUCUCGACAAUGCGCCAUUCAAGGUCAGAUUGGUGCCAGCUUUCAAAGUGGCCACAAAUAAAAAGUGGGAUACUGUCUUGGGUACCACGUUGUCUAGAAGAGAAGAGAAACCGACGCGCUUUGUCUUGGUUAGACUGAGCAAGACCAGAGAUAAACGCGUCUUGGAUGAAAGGUAUAGGAAGUGUGAAGCCUUGGUCUUUGGUGUCAUCACGAAUCUGCCAGCAUCGCUGAGACCAAGCACGCAUGGCUUCAUCCUCAUCACAUUGCUAUGA